ACACAACAAGCACGUGUAAAUACAUGUACAUGUACAGUGUAUGUACACGUUGGUGCCCUAUGCAUGCACACUCACUGUGAGGUUGUCGUUCGAGCAAAAUUAACGAUUAACGGGCGACGUUUUCACAUAAUUAUUUUUCGAAAUCCACAAUGGAUAGGUUCCUGGCAGUUUUGCUUCUUCUGGCUGCAGUAAUUGGUGGAUUCGUCGAUGCAAAGAAGAAAGGAAUGCUGGAAGUUGUAACUUUGCACAUACCAGAAGAUUGUUCAGACAAGGCUGAAGUUGGUGAUGAGGUGGCAGUGCAUUACGUAGGAAAGCUGGAAUCAGGAGCGGUGUUUGAUAUGUCCAAGCUUCCAGACAACUCCAGGGAUCCAAUCAGAUUCCAGCUUGGCAAAAACAAAGUCAUCAAAGGAUGGGAGGAGGGCAUCAAAGGCAUGUGUGUUGGAGAGCAUCGCAAGCUUGUCAUUCCUCCUCAUUUAGGCUAUGGGAAGCAGGCACAGGGAAAUAUUCCACCUGACUCCACGCUCAUCUUCACUGUGGAAUUGAUGGAGCUGAAGAAGCCAUCUUUCUUGGACUCACUGUCUGCGACCAGCCCAUUCAUUGUCGGUCCUGGGAUUGUGGUGAUAAUCGGCUUGUAUCUCUGGCGCAAGGCAUCUACCGACUCGACCCAAAAGACCAAGGUCAAGCGCGAGCAGAAACAGAAGAAGAAGAAAUAAAAGUACAUCUCCGAAAUCACUCAUGCAGAAGCAGGGUUGAAAAAAAAGCCAGAGAUGGAUUCAAGGUCUUGGGGGAAGCACCAGGACUUUAUUGUACUACCAAACAGUGGAGUAAAGCCACUUUCAUAUUUCAUUCAAAUUCAAAUCCAUGAAUUACAUUUUGGUACUGUACAUCAUCAGCUGUAAUUGAUGAUUUGCAAACCUUGAACACCUUUGAACUUUUGCAGUUACCUCUUGAUGUCACACUUCCAUCUUUCAAACGUUUUCCAAUACCUCUUGGUGUCAGAUUUCAGUCUUAGGUCUGUUUAAUUAUUUUAUGUAUUGCAAAGUCUAAUGGGCUUAUGUGAACACCUUAAACACUGGAUUUGAAGCAGAUUGAUCAGUUUGUUUCUGCAUGGUUGCUUAUCCAGAUGUUAGAGGCAUUCUUUUACACGUGCCCAGAUCUGCCCCCAAAUUGAGGAGGAUAUUAGUUUUUGCUUCUCCAGUCAUGUUGGUUUGUUUUAUUUUACCUCUCCAAGCUCCCUAAAGAACUUUUGUUUUUAUUUAGAUUUUGUGUCAUUUUUUGCUUAUAUGUAUCAGGUGGCAGAGAGUGAACAUUUUGAGGAGUUGCAGAAAGGGUUUUCAUCAUUUCUGUCCUUUCUUUUGUUCCCAAUGAGUGGUUUCAUUAGCUGUCACUGAAAGAGGAUGUUUGUCUCUGGAUAUUUCAUUCACUGCAGCGUGUAACUGUGUAAGGAAAAAAAAAUGAAGCUUGCAGUUCCUGAACCGCUCAUCAGAACAUAAGCUAGAGUUCGAUACAAGAUAUUAAUGAAGUAGCUGCCCAGCAGACUUGGGUGGUACUUCUGGGUUGCACGUUGAUC